AUGAAUUUUUUUUAUGUUAAAUUAUUUUCCUUGAUUUUUAUUUUAAGGAUUUAUGAAUUAUUCCAUACGAGUAACCUUAACAUUUUGAAAUAUAAACAUAAAAAGCAUGCGUGCCUAGAAAAACUAAAAUUCGUUAGAUCAUUGUCUGAAGUGUUAAAAGAGAAAUAUUUUAAUACACAAGUAGCCGAAUGUGAUUUAAUGUAUGACAAAUUACAGGAUGAUGAAUUAACAAAACAUAGAAACUUAAUAAAUAAUACGGAAAUCGUUUAUUACAAUAAAAGAAAAAAACAAAGAGAAAACAAAUUACAGAAUAAAAUUCUAAGAAAAAUUAUGGAGGCAUAUUAUAAAUUGAAAUAUAAAUUAAUUAUUGAUAAAUCAUUUGGAACGGCAGAGUAUAAUGAAACAAUAACACAUAUUACAAAAAAAAACAUAAUGAAAGAUAAUUUAUAUAAAAUGAUUUUUAAGGGAAAAAAGUUUUGGAAAAUGUUAUCAUAUACUAUAGGUACCCUAGGUGUUGGAUCUAGCGUAUGUUUGUUUAUUGGUGUUCCUUUUUCAAUCGUUUCACCAACAAGCGGGCCUAUUUUAUUUGCUGUUUUGGGUAUUCUUGUAUUUUUACUUAUUAUUAUAAUUGUGGGCGUAUGGAUUCUUACUACGUGGUUAUGGCCCCAUAAGGAUUCAUAUUAUAAAAAAUAUAGAUUAUAA